AUGAGCAAAAUUACAGCAGAAUUAAUAUAAAACUCUUCAUAAACUAUUAAUCCACUAAAUGAAAGACAAUUAGAUUUGAAAGGUUUAAAAAUAUACGUUAUCGAAAACUUGGGUGCAACUUUGGACUUCUUUGAUUGCAUUGAUUUGAGUGAUAAUGAAAUUAAAAAGCUUGGAAACUUCUCUAUCCUUUUAAGAUUAAAGACAUUGAUUUUAAAUAAUAAUAAAAUUUCAAAAAUCUCUAACAUAGGUGAUUCUUUACCUUCUCUAGAAAAUUUGUGUAUGAUGAAUAAUAGAAUUGUAGAUUUAAAAGAAAUCGACCAUUUAUAUAACUGCAAGAAUCUCAAAAGACUUGUACUUUAUAAUAACGUUGUAACUUAGGCUCCUGAUUACAGACUUUAUGUUAUUUCUAGAAUACCAACCUUAAGAUUCCUUGAUUUCUAAAAAGUUACAUAAAAAGAAAGAGAAUAAGCUAAAGCUAAGUUUGACUUUGAUAGUGAAAAGCAAAAGAUGGAAGAAGAGGAAGGCAAGCUAUUUAAAGAUAAAAAAGAAAAAAUAAGAUAAUUAAUAGAAAAUGCAUAAACUGCUGAAGAAAUAAAUAGAAUUGAAUUACUAUUAAAAUCAGGUGAAUUAAAAAGUGCCAAAUUAUUUGAAGAAACUCUCUCUUAAUUAAAUUGA